GUCGGAGGGGAAGGACGUGCGCGCGGUCCGCUCACCCCUGACCACGCCUGACUUAAAUCCCGCGUGUGUAUGUGUGUUGUAUAGACUACAACAGGUCAUUCCCCGGAUCUAUACAUUAAAAACGAGCAAGAUAUAUAAAUGUGAUACUAACAGCAUCGAACAGCAAGUAACAUGGUUAUUGCAGACGCAGUUCGGUGUCUGCACUUGAAGGCUUAAGGUGGGGGAAAAAAUAGAUCCAUGAUAAUGCUAGGUAUACAACUCCAAUCUACCUCAAUGGCAAAAGUUCCUUCAGUAUAUCAUAAGUACUUGAUAAGCCUUUUGUACCAGUUUUCUCUGGAGUGACUUUAAAAGAGUUGAAAAGCACGUAUUGGUAGAUGAAGUGCCCGAAGCCUCGUGUGGAAGUUGGCAUGAUAAACAGGACUCAACCCGGGCCGCCUACCAUGGAACGUCUUGACCUGAGGAAGAAAAGGGUCGGCACCACUGCCAAGAGUCAUAACGCUAAGUUGGAGGUUGACGCUGAGGGCGAGGGCGGUGGAUCGAAGGCACUUUUCCUGGAGAAGGUGAGGCUAAGCAACGCAGCCUGUCAGUCUGGAGACUUCGAGACGGCGGUGGCCCUCUACACUGAAGCCAUCGCGCUCGACCCCCACAAUCACAUCCUCUAUUCCAACCGCUCUGCCGCCCAUAUCAAGCUCGCUAAGUUCGCCCACGCCCUCCAGGAUGCCACCAAGGCGAGGGAACUCAACCCCAAGUGGCCCAAGCUUGACCGACCACUUGAUUGA